CCCGGCUUCAAUUCCUGUCAAAUGGAUAUCAAAACGGCACUUGCUGAUCCUUGCGUUUUCCAUUCAGGGCCUGACACUUCCCGGAGAUCUUUUCCAGUCGUAAUGACACCUCCGAUCUUGGUGGCGCAUGCAGCUCGAUGAAAGGGAUCUUAUAUCGCCCAUCUCCCCUUCGCUCCUCGCACCUCCGUUGUCGCACUCUGUACAAACGAAAAUCGUGUCAUGCCAAAUAUGGUGGUGUUUUCCAUCGUCAACAAUGCCCAGCGGGCGAUUAUCGGCGUGGCUGCUGUGUUCAUGGUGCUGCCUAUCGUUGCAGUUACUUUGCGCAUCUACGGCCGUCAUCUGAAGGGAGUUGGCCUCGACCUAAGUGACUACCUGAUCAUGGGUGGAUUGGUGUGCUCCCUUGGUUUCGGUGCAAUCGAUAUAUCCUGCGUCGUCAACUGCGGAGUCGGCCACCAUAUGGCAGAGGUCGUGGCACAGUACGGAAUGGGCCCGAUAAUGCUGUUUAUGAAGGAACUCGUCGCCAUCCAGAUCUUCUGGGCCGUCGGCAACUCCUGCGUCAAGCUCUCCCUCCUCUCCUUCUACUGUCGCGUCUUCUCCUUCCCUCGCUUCAUUAUGACGGCCCAAAUAACGGCCGUAUUUAUACUCCUAUGGGCGCUCGCCGUCAUCCUGGGCGGGUUCCUCCUCUGUCAGCCAUUCGCGUUUACAUGGGACCAAAGCAUCCCCGGCGGCCAUUGCGGUAAUCAAGUCCUUUCAUACCAGAUCACCGGCGCCCUCAAUUUGGUCACAGACUUGAUGGUGCUCACCAUGCCAAUGCCGUAUCUCUGGAAACUCGAGAUGCGAGUAUCGCAGAAAAUCCCUCUCAUGGCGGUCUUUGCUGUGGGACUAUUUGUCUGCGUCGCAACGAUAAUGCGCCUUGUCUCCCUCUCCCUCCUUGACUUCACCGACCUUACCGAUAACAUCACCGAAGCCAUGAUCUGGGGAACAAUCGAGCCUGCGCUGGGCGUCACCCUAGCGUGUAUCCCCUUCAUGAAACCCAUCUUCCCAUUCUCGCGGUCUAUGGCAAACUAUACACAGUCCGGGCAGACAGAGAGUAGUCAUGGAAAGAUGUUUAGCAGGAAAGGAUUUCGGCACCCAUAUGACCCAUACCCCCUGGACACCAUGGUUAGUACGGCUGGCGCGCAGGAGCCGGGUCUGCAGACGAGGCCGGAUAAUGCGUCAGAUCAGGAGCGGUUGGUUUCUUCGGAACAGGGGAAGGGGAUGUCGAUUGUGGUGCAAAAGGACUUUGAGAUGAAAUGAAGAUGUCGAGUACUAUGUAGACGGCUAAUCCAUCAAAAGUGCGGCGCAAUAAAAUUAUUUCUCGGGAUUCUAGCGGUAUCUGCCAUGCCGUAUAAUCCUGAAUUAAGUGCUGUAAACCUAAUGUACAAAUGGGCAUACAAUGUCCCAGUAGGCAAUAUAUUAAACGCAUACAG